GAGAGAGAGAGAGAGAGAGAUAAAUAGAUAGUUUAUUAGAAUCGUAAUCUUACUGCGUAGUUAGUUUAGUAGGCGCGUUUCGAAGAUAGUUUUGUGGAGUUUUGGUAGUGAAAUCCAUGAGGGGCUUAGAUACACACAGUGCACACAUAUAUAUAUACACAUACACACAUACAUAUAUAUACAUAUAAUUUAAAUAUAUUGUUCGAUAAUUGUUAUAUUAUUAAAUAUAAUAAUUUUCUCACAAUACUUUUGUUAUAAGUGUAAUUUUUUUUUUAUAUUUGUAUUUGCAGUUCGUUUAGAUUGUUUUAAUCUAUAAAAUUUCCUUCUUUUAAUCUAUAAAACUUCCCUAAAAUUAAAUAAAUACGUCAAUUAAACAUGUAUUACGAUAAGAGUUCUUCAAAUACAAGCUAUGAUCCAAGAAAGGUGAUAAUUGUUGAUCUUCGAAGUGAUACUUUUACAAAACCACCUCAGAAAAUGAGAGAAGCAUUAUCCAGUGCUGAAGUUGGUGAUGAUGUUUUCUGCGAAGAUCCAACAGUAAAAGUAAUGAACCAUUGCAAUGUUCGUGGAAGUGAAGCAUAUUGUGGUGAUUCUGCUCAUAUCUUAUUACACGAACAGACUGGUGCUGCCCAAAUUGCAGGAGUGAAUCUUAGAUCAUUACGCAAUAAUAUCGAUGGCACUUUUGAUCUUUGUGAACUUCAAUCCAAACUCCGACAUGAUAGAGAUCACGAGCCUAUCUCCAAAUUAGUACUUGUAGAAAAUACAAUUAAUGGUAAAAUUGUUCCACAAAGUUGGCUUAAAGAAUUAGUAUCAUUCUGCAAGAAAUAUAAUUUGAAGUUGCACAUGGAUGGAGCUAGAUUAUGGAAUGCUAGUGUAGGAUCAGGAAUAUCUGCAAAGGAGAUUGUUUCUGGUUUCGAUUCAGUAACUUUUUGUCUCAGCAAGGGUCUUGGUACGUAAUAUAUUCUUUCUCUUUUAUUUCUACUUUUUGUCCUUAACAAUAACUCUUCUUUUUAUAUUAAGUUGUGUAAUAAAUUCGUGCGCCAUUUGGUGUUACAUUUUUCAGAAUGUUAAGAAUAUGUAUUGUAGAAACUGUUCUUUAUAUCAUCUGCAAUAGAGAAUAGAGAACAAUGUGUCCCACAUAACUGGACGAGCAGGAAAUAUAAUUGCACCUUUUUUUCCUAUGAAAACUUAUAAUUUUGAUUGUCGCCAAUCGAUGCAGUUUCUGAAACUAUAUGAAAAAGUAUUAACGCUUAUGCCUUGAAUCUAAUAGUUCAGAAUAUUAUAUAAUAUGUAAUAUAAAAAUAUAUUAUAUAAUAUAUAAAUAAUUCUUUAUAAAAAAGAAGAUGCAACUGCAUUUUUCAGGUCCAUUGAUGCAUAAAAAAAGAAAUUAUUUUUAGAUUAUACUUUAUUGGAUGCCAUUUCAUUUUUACCUAAAAUAUUUGUUUCUAUCCCUAUAUCUGUUUGAAAGAUAGUUUAUCUCAGUUACAUAUAUGGACAUAAUAUAUAAUACAAAAUACAUAUGUACAUAAUCGAUCCACGUUGAAUAGAGGGAUUACAAAAUACAGUAAGUGUGUUAUUUACAAAAUAGAAAUUUAAAGUAUAACAUAAAUUUGUGAAUAUAUCGAAUCGAUAAUAUUAAAAUAUUAAAAGAAUUAUUUGUUAUUACAAAAAAUACUGGAUUUGCGAUUAACGACUUAAGUUCAAUUUAGUAUAGUUCAUUUAGUUUACUAUACUAAAUAUAUUAUGUAUAAUAAAAUAUUAAUCAUUUCAGUAUACGGAAAAUCUUCUAUAAUUAUAAUUCAAAGAACGAAGAGAUACACAAAUUAUGUACAUACAAUUUUUUUAAAAUUUUUUAAAUUACUUAAUUUAUUUAUAAAGAAUAACCAAAUAAUACACAUUAACAUCAUCGUUAAGGUAAUGCGAACGAAUUUAUUACACAAGCUAAUAUAUUUUAUUUAAUAUUUUUGAACAAUUUAAAAGAAACAAAAGAAACAAAUAAUUUGUUUCUUGUUUCUGAUAAAAAGAAUCUUUAAUAAAGAAAUAUAUCUAUUAUCAUAAUAAUUAAUAUUGCAAAAAACAAAUUUGGAUUAUUAGAAUUUUCGCAAGUUAUAAUAUUAUUAAGUUGUAACAUAUGAAGUGAUUGAAAUAAAUACGUUCUUACUUUUAAUCAGUAUUAAUCAAAUUAAAUACAUGCUAUUUGAAUCUUUUUCAUUGUGUUAUAAUAUUUGAAUAUUGUUAUGUAAAAGGUUUUUAACUUCGGGAUUUUAUAGAAUUUAAAAAUGUAUCUUCUGUCACCUCUUUUUUUGAAAAUUUUAUCCUUUAAAAUAAAAGGAUUAUCUAUGUAUAAAAAUCAAAAGACAUGGUUAGAUUAUUAAUCACGAGUAGGAUUCGCAACAUAGGAUAUGUAAAAUAUUCUACAUAACUGCUGCUACGAUUUUUCAGACACUUUUGGUAAUCUAACAAAAAAAAUGUUUCAAAUAAAAGUUAAUCAUCAUUGAAUGAAUUUACAAACUACAAUGUAAAAAACUUCACCUUAAUUUUUUUUAAAUUGCAUUAUACAUUUUUGAGUAUCGUAGUCUUGUAGUUGAUAUCAAGAUGAAUUCAAUGACUUACUGUUUCAUGAUCUUUAGAUGUUUGAUGUCACUUCAGUAAUGAACAGUACCAGAGUAUAUGAGUUAAGCUAUGUGAUUUAAGCUUUGCUCAGUUGACGUUCUCUAUCAUCUGGAUUUUGAACAACGAUUCUUUUAGACUGAACGCGCUUGACAUAUCCAGGUAAUUAUGUUUUUGAGUAGAUGUAUAAAUUUUCAAAAACAGGGAUUUUUCUGGAUUGGAAGUCUUGAAAUAUUCGCUUCCUGUAUCUGGUUAGGGUCUGUUAUCCUUGUAUGUAUAAUUGUAGUUUCUUUUCACAUGCUUUGGAAUACACCAUACAUAUAUCUAUUACAUACAUUCGUAUUGUGCAGAGGUUUACUUCUUUUAAUAAAUAUAUUAUGAGAAUUAACAAAAAACCACAAUAAGUACUAUUUAUUUUAUGUAUAAUGAAAUGUUUAUACCGACCGCUUGUUUUGCUUGAUUCUUAACAAUUGAAAUUAUAAUACAUUUUAGUUUAUUUUUCUUCUUCUUUUGUAAUAAGAUAUAAUAGACAUUGCUGCUAUCAAGCUUGUGUUAAAAAUGCACUUCCUCUCAAUUUUAUUGCAUGAAGUUCAUAUUUGGAGCGAAUGGAAAGUGUUUUGAGUCCUAUAUUCGUUUGUUGGAUGGGAGUUGCUUUUAUCUAGUUUCUGAUUAUCUUCUAUUUAGAAAUCUGUUUCUGCUAGAAAUGCUGGUUUUAAUUUUUCUACUGAAAUAGUUUUUUCUUCUCUAUUGACAAGUAUAAUAAAUCUCUGAUCAUUUAAUCUUUGUUUAAUUUUGUGUGGAUCUGAGUACAGUGUUCUUAAUGGUCUUAUUUCAUUGCACUUCAAGAAUACAUAAGUACAUUCAUAUUUUUGUGUAUAAACAUAUUGGCUUUGAUAUGACUUGUUGGGAUUGAUUUAAAUGUUCACAUGAUAUGUUUUUCUAUGAAAAUUUCUGGAUCUAUUACUAAGUCUAAUGAAUAAAAAAAAUUUCCGGGAAUUCAUAUUGAUAUAUGAACUGAAAUUGAUUCAUAUUCAUAUAAUUAAUUUAUUAAUUCAUAUAAUAUUCAUUAAUUCAUAUAAUUUUUUAACUUUAAUAUUUUAUUUAUAAAUUGAUUUCCUAAAACUGCUGUUAAAAGCACAUCGAUCUAUGGGAUGUCUGCAUUGAACAUUAAUGCUGUUUUGAGAUUUAGGUGCCAUCUUUUUACUAAGCCACUAGUGACAGGAUGGUAUAGAUAUGGUGUAGUUCUUAUUCUUUUGCUCUGAUAGUAUUUGCUAAUGCUAUAAAUAAGGCGCUUUCAAAUCAAGAUCUUUAAUCUGUUGUUAUUGUUAAUGGUGUGCCAAAAAGACUAAUCCAUUAUUUGCAUUUGUAAUUGUAUUUAUUUCAAUAUUUUUUAACGGUAUAGCUAUCGGGAUUCUAGAAAAUCUAUCAAUUAUUGUUAAACAGUAUUUAUGACCUUUUACCUCUGACAUGUGAAUUAUAUCUAAAUGUAUAUGGAUGUAAUUUUAUAUGUUUGUUUAUUUUUGAUAUUUGGUAUAGGAUACAUUCACGAGACCAUUGCAUUUUUUCAAAUACCAGGCCAGACGUAUUUUUCUUUAAGGAUUUUGGACAUAAUUCGGUCGCUGGCUGACAAUAUGACAGACUGUAUACUAUAUCAAAUGCAUCUCGCCAAUAAGUUGGGUAUAUAUGCUCGAACAUAUCCUGUUGACAUAUUUACAAAAAUUUUAUUAUUAUUUAUAAUUAAUUGUUGAAGGUUGACGGAGGUUUCAUUUCAAAGUAGUACUGCUUCUUUUUGUUCUUCUUGAAUUAUUUUUGAAGAAAGAAUGAUUUACAUAUAUUCUUGAUGAGAACAUUUGCUAUUACAAAAUGGCCACUGAAAGACAAUGAUAUUAAACAAAAAUAACUUUUACAAGAUAUUGCAGGCGCUGCUGAAUAUCUUGGGGUAGCUUAAAGCUUGGACUAUUUGGAUGGAAACAUUUUUAAAUCCAGUUUUAAAAUCUUCUGAAGUGAUGUUCUGGCGAUGAUCUAGUUGAGCAAAGCAAUGACGUCCUCAAGGACACUGUUUAAUGGACGAAUGAUUUCUUGUUCUAAUAAGUCUAUUUUUUCUUUUGCUGCUUUUAAUUUUUUUACCUGAUAAUCAUCGUUAGAUGCUACUGAUUGACCUGUUGUAAUAAUAUAAUGAUUCAUUGAACAUUCACUUGUAGUGAUUUGUUGUUGAAAUUUGGUUCUUGUUAUUUCUAUAAAUUCAUUUAAUACACCAUUAAAAUUCAUGGUAGAAAUUUCUAAAGUGUUAGCUCGUUUCACUGUUCCUUGAGUUGCUAAUGUAUUUAAAUUCAUUAAUUUUUUAUUUUUAAGAUUGACUGUUGA